AUGAGUUGGACAAAAGCUAUGCAUAGCUUUUUUGCAGAGCUGGAGCCAUCUAUUCCUAUCACGAAACAAAACCUGGCAGACCAAGUUUGGUACAUCAUUCUCUCGAAAAUAUUUGAUGAUGCCGAACUCGAACGACUACGACGUGAGGCUAUUCCAUCAUUGAAUGAAUCGGCUAUGGCUGGGUAUACAGCACCACAUGCGACAGACCAGCAUCCACACGUGGAAGCCGCCAUGGAUCUUCCGGUUGUGGUUGAUUCGAACGACGAUUAA